GAAAGUGGCCCAUAACUAUGCCAAUCCAAUUUGAAGGAAGACCAACUGCACGAACCGGACAAUAGCGCCCCCAACAGAAAAAAUGGAGGGUUUAAGCAGAGAGACGGAGAAGCCAUGGCGGGUACUCGAAUUCUACAGUGGCAUUGGUGGAUUGAGAUAUUCAUUGAUGGAGGCUGGCGUGGAUGCUGUGGUAAUUGAAGCAUUCGACAUCAACGACGUCGCAAAUGAUGUUUACGAGCACAAUUUCGGCCACCGUCCGUACCAGGGAAAUAUUCAGACUUUGAGUGCUGCUAACCUCGAUAGAUAUGAGGUUGAUGCGUGGCUUCUGUCUCCUCCUUGUCAACCUUAUACACGACAAGGUCUCCAGAAGGGUUCAAGUGAUGCUAGAGCUUCUUCGUUUUUGAAGAUUCUUGAACUAAUACCACAAUGUUCACGACCCCCAGUUAUGCUAUUUGUGGAGAACGUUGUUGGAUUUGAGACAUCUGAUACACAUGAAAAGAUGAUCACCAUGUUGCGAGAAAAUCAUUUUGACACACAAGAAUUCAUUCUAAGUCCUCUGCAAUUUGGUGUGCCAUAUUCUCGGCCUCGCUAUUUUUGCCUGGCCAAGCGGAAACCUCUUUGUUUCCAGAAGGCCCAGUACAAUAAUGUGCUACUUUGGGGUCCAGGCCCUAUACUUGGGUACGAAGAAAGCAUGGUAACAAGUGAAGAAGCUGAAUCGGAUAGAUAUUGGAAUAAGUUACUUGAAACUACUCGACCUAUAUGUGAUUUUUUGGAAUCAAGCAAAGUUAUUUUGGAAUCGAGCCUAACUAAAAUAUCUGAGGGUAUUGAAGAAGAAAGUGAAUUUAGUGUUGAACCUUCAAAUCCAUUCUUAGUUCCAUCUAGCCUGGUAGAAAGAUGGGGAAGUGCCAUGGAUAUUGUUUUCCCCGAAUCAAGACGUUGCUGUUGCUUCACCAAAAGUUAUUUUCGAUACGUGAAGGGGACAGGUUCCCUUUUGGCUACCUGUCCUGUAAGUCUGCAUCAGGGAAAGAAGAAAAUUGAAUUACCUUCCUUGCAGGAGCUUCAACUUAGAUACUUUACACCCAGGGAGGUCGCCAAUUUCCACUCUUUUCCGGACGAGUUCCAAUUUCCACAACAUGUUAGCCUUCGUCAACGUUAUGCAUUGCUGGGAAACAGUCUGAGUGUCGGGGUCGUGGCACCACUGUUGCAUUAUCUAUUUACUCAUCAAUCACCGUAAUGCUGUUUUGAUCCCCGGUGGUACUAACUUGUAUGGAUGUACUACAUACUCAUCACUUAGGUAAUAUUUUACUGUCUAUUUGUAUCGCAGCACAUUGCACCAAAAUGUAUACUAAAAUUCACGAUUUGUGUUCCAUUUAGGUUAUGUUUUACUGAAAAAGAUUGUUGGCAUAUUUG